GUGAGGCGGGUUCUCCCGUGCUCUUCCGCUCGGGGCCGGGAUGGAGCCGGGACCGGGACCGGGACCGGGGCGCUGGGGCGCGACCGUCUGCGUGCUGACCGGCGCCUCCCGGGGCUUCGGGCGCAGCCUGGCGCGGCUGCUGGCUCCGCGGCUCGGCGAGGGCUCGGUGCUGCUGCUGCUGGCGCGUUCGGCGGCUCCGCUGGCCGAGCUGGCGGCCGAGCUGCGGGGCGGCGGCUCCGGUACCGGCCCCGGGCUGCGGGUGGAGUGCGUGGCCGCCGACCUGGGCUGCGAGCAGGGGCUGCGGCGGGCGGCCGCUGCUGUGCGGGAGGUGCUGCCCGCCGGCCCGCCCGGCCGCCUCCUCCUCGUCAACAACGCCGGCUCCCUGGGAGACAUCUCCAAAUCCUUCCUCGAUCUCACCGACCCAGAUGAGAUCAACAGCUACUUUGCCUUCAACGUCACCUCGGCGCUUUGCCUCACCUCCACCGCCCUGCAAGCCUUCGGGAAGCAUCCCGGCUCGAGCAGGACGGUGGUGAACAUCUCCUCGCUCUGUGCCGUGAAGCCCUUCAAGAACUGGGCACUGUACUGCAGUGGGAAAGCUUCCCGGGACAUGAUGUUCCAGGUGCUGGCGCUCGAGGAACCUGAUGUCCGCGUGCUCAACUACGCCCCGGGUCCUCUGGAUACGGACAUGCAGCUCUUGGCCCGGACUAAGACUGGAGACCCUGAGAUGCGUCAGUAUUUCCAAAGCCUGCAGGAGAGCGGACAGCUGAUAGACUGCACCGUGUCAGCCCAGAAGCUGGUGAAUCUCCUGGAGGAGGACACCUUCCGCUCCGGCGCCCACGUGGAUUUCUACGACAUCUGAGUUACUCUUUCCUCCUCCUUUGCCUUCCUGCUUUGUUCUCUGCUGAGCUGCGUCUUGGGUGCCUCCAGUGUCUUUGGUGACCGUGUUUGAGUCCUGAGUGCUGUGCAGCUUUCAAGAGGAGACCUCUGGGUGACUUUUAAAUACUCCUAGUGCCUCGACAGGGAGGGGGGGAAGUUAUUGCUUUGCCGCGCUGUAGCUGUUGAGCCCUCCUGGGCACCCGCCGGCGGGAGCGGGGAUUUCUCAGCUGCUGGGGACGGGGGAGCAGAGGUGGCUUUUCCAAGGAAAUGAGCACGGAAUUCUUAAAGCUCCCCUGCGCAGGAGUGUGUGUGUGAGCCAAGGAGGUACCGAGGCACACAAGGCCGGGUCAGAAAGCCACCCCAGAAGGUGUCAAAGAAGCCAAUGGUAGGGUUAGAGCUGAGUGUCCCCGUGUCUGACCCCUUUGCCCCGCAGGAGCUGUGUGCUCAGCACCUGAGCAAGUCACCAAAGGGCAAAAGAGCCAUUCCGGGGACCAGAGGUGGUGGCUGUCACCCCAGAGCCCUGACUCUCCGUCCCUCAUCUCACCGGUGGCUUUUUCAGACUCUCCUGCAAUUCUGGGAUCAUCUGUGUGAGUUUUGUGCCUUAAGAUGUGGAGCAAAGCCUGUUCCUUUUUUUUUUUUUUUUUUGCACAAAAGCAAUAAAUCGCCAGGAGGGGGAGCUGGCCACGGCGGAGAUGUGAAUAUUUGGGUGCCUGGCUGGGGUCACCAGCUUACGCAAACCUGUGCACGAGCGCAGCGUGGGUUAGAGCACAUCGGAGACGCAGCCCUGAGUUCAUGCCCUGCUCCUGUUUGCAGGUUCUGGGCCCAAGCCUGGAUCUGGGGCUUCAGCCCCUCCCGGGUUGUUCUUUUAAUUAUUUGUUUAAGGUGUUUAUCCUUAUUUUUUCAUCAAGUUCCAAGAGGCACAGGCCCUUAUAGACUUGUCGUUCUAGAAAGCAGCUGAUGCGCAGUGUGUGUUGAUGCAGGAGAGCCGCUUUGAAGCGCAGUGGCAUCCCCUGCGUGCCCUGGAAGUGCCCAGCGUCCCUGUGUGCUCAGUGACAGCAGCCUUCCUGCAGUCCUCUAUCUCACCCCUGUAUUUCAAAUUUUGUCCCCCUCGAUCUACAAUCAUUAAAAAUUUCAUGUCUGGUCUGG